GGAGUAGAAAGUGCUUCUGCACGACGUAUCUUUCUCCUGGAAUGUUCCGAAGGAUUGCGUUUACCGCGCUACGUAAGCCGUCCGCCAGCAUGGCGACGAGUAAAUCACACAGCCCGAUGGAGGAUGCGAUGAGACGGAAGAUUACAGAAGCACUGGCGCCGACGUCCUUGGAGAUUCACAACGACUCGCACCUACAUGCACAUCACAAGGCCAUGGAAGGGAGCGUUUCCAAAGAGACGCAUUUUCGAGUGAAUAUCAUUUCCGACGCAUUCAAGUCCAAAAUGCAGCCGGCGCGACAUCGGAUGGUAUACGCGCUGCUCAAGGACGAAAUGGCCAUGGAAGGUGGGAUUCACGCUCUACAGCUCAAGACGAGGACGGUGGAGGAGGAUGAGAGGGUGAAGGGCAAUUGAAGGUGGUGAAGGGCAAUUGAAGGUCAUGACGUGCUGUGCUUAGGUGCAAGGGAUGCAUCUCGCGAAUUUCCGAUGACUACCCUACCGUACGCCCUCGCCAGGUGCUCUUGGACUCCGAUGCCACUGCAAUACCGCCGUGCUCGCCAUGCACUACGUGGUCGAUGAGGAUGCCUAGGAAUACUCUGCAGCUCCUCACGAAUCUGGCGGGUAGGUGGGGUUCUAUACAUGUCUGUCUUAGUAGCUGUACACGCAAAACCAUGGAUUGACCUACCUCAUCACUGCCACUGCCGCUGU